AUGAACUUAGCCUCUCUGUUACAGGUGCUUCUGGUGGCAUUCGUCAGGCAGAUCGUAUGCCAGCUCCCGUCACCUUUCUCGACGCCCGAGGAGCAGACAGACGGAAUCAAGAUAGGCGCCCUAGGUGGAGCCUACCCUCCUCCAUACCUGCUGCUCGGCAGCGUCUACUUAAGAGUGGAUGAGGAAACGGGGGACGUGUACACGACAGAGCAGAAAAUGGACAGAGAGGCCUUGUGUCCAUCGCAGGACGGUGGGUACUGUACCAUAACGGCUGAUGCGUUAGUGGGACCUGAGCAGGACAUGGUCAAGAUAACUGUCAUCGUAGAGGAUAUUAAUGACAAAGCUCCUCAUUUUGAGACAAAUGAAAUACGGUUGAAGAUCCCAGAGAGCGCAGUCGUGGGGACCAGGGUGCUCCUGGAGGAGAAGGCUUGGGACGAGGACAUAGGCAGCAAUGCUGAGAUAAGGUAUCACUUAGAAGGAGCUGGAGGAUUCUUCAGCGUGGCGCAGGAUGGAGACGAUCUUGAGCUAGUCGUUGAACGAGGGCUGGAUCGCGAGACUCAAGAUGAGCACCGGAUGCUUCUAGUGGCCGUUGACGGUGGCAGAGCGGCCCUAAGUGGCACAGCCUCUCUUAUCAUCACAGUCCUGGAUGUUGAUGAUAAUUGCCCGCAGUUUAGCCCUGAAAACCCGAAAAAUGUGACCGUGCCAGCUGGAGCAACCAAGGACACGCCUGUGGCUCAUGUCAUGACCGUAGACCCAGACCUGGCUACGAAUAGCCAAAUCACGUACUCCUUCAGUCCCCUGAUCUCUGACCGGGCCAAGGAGCUUUUCUACCUGGACCAAGCCACAGGGUGGAUCAGUUUAGAUAUGGACGUGAGGUUAUACAGCCUGGAGGAACACAUACUAAAAGUGGUCAUGACGAGCACGUCAUGCCCCACUGAACAAACUCAGCUGACUGUUUACCUGCUGCCGCUGGAACUCCAAAAGCCCUCUAUUGAAAUUAAGUUUCUGGCUGAGUUUAAAAACCAAACAAUACUGAUCCGUGAGAAUGAGCCCCCUACCGUCUUGGCCAUUCUGACACCUCGGGACACCUCAUCGCCGCCUGGCGUCCAAAAGGUUCUGUACUUAGAGAACAAAAGCACAGCGUUCAUUUUGAAAGCGCAAGCAGACAGCUAUCUGUUGUCAACAUCAAAGCCUCUCGAUUUCGAGCUGUGCAGCGACUAUCAGAUUUCCGUGGUUAUAAGUGAUCCCGGGAGAAAACACGUCCUCGGGAGCGAAGUGAUCAAAGUGGCGGUGCAAGACGUGAACGAUAACGUGCCGCGGUUCGAAAAGCAGAACUAUCAGGUAGAGAUUGAGGAGAACAAUGAGCCCGGCGUGUCUUUAAUUCAAGUCAGGGCGUCUGACGCCGACAGCCAGCUCGACGGCAAAGUGGCAUAUUUGCUGAUCUAUUCCAUGCCCGCUUUCUUUAGCGUUAACAAAGAGACAGGAGUGCUAUCGGUGCUGGAGUCUUUGGACAGGGAGCAGCAGGGGGCGUACACUUUAACAGUCCUGGCCAGGGACCACGGUUCUCCUCCGUUGGAAGCCUUGGCCUACGUCUCAAUCAAAGUCCUUGACCAGAAUGACAACAGCCCAACCUUCGUCCCACCACGCUUCAUAUUUUUUAUUUCUGAAAGCAUUUUGAAAUUAGCACAUGUUGGAAAAAUUGGCGUCUUCGAUGCAGACGAGGGUGAAAACGGGACGGUCGUGGACGUCCAAGUGGUCAAUCAGGAUGUCCCCUUUGCCGUGGAUUUUACUCACAUGGUGCUCCGCUGCACGGCCGAGGUGGACCGAGAGAAGCAGGACCGUUAUGAGCUGUUAUUACAGGCCAUAGAUGGUGGCAAUCCCCGCCGCUCCUCGAGCGCCUCCGUGACCGUUUUCAUCGAGGACGUGAACGACAAUCAACCCGAGGUCAUUCUUCCCAACAGUAACUUCUCCUGCCUGACCGUACCUCCCAGCACCAAAGCUGGAAGCAUCAUCACCAAGAUCUACGCCAUCGACCACGACUCGGGCGUAAACUCGGACAUCACGUACCACAUGAUGCCCAGCCAGCCGGCUCAGUCCAGCCCUUUCCGAAUCGACCCGCGGUCAGGGAACAUCACACUUGUCCAACCCCUCGUGAUCGGCGACUACGGUAUGCACCACCUCUACAUCAGAGUCAGCGACGGAGGCAAACCCGUCCCCCUUCAGACCGCCGUGUGGAUUAACGUGCUGGUCAACGAGACGUCCGAAGAGUGCCACCUCACCAGCGUUCCCCAGUAUUUAGACUCGCAGCCCCAUCCGACGCCAACGACGGCAGAAUUUAAGCCGAGCACGAGCUGUACGGACCAGUCGUGGUUCAUUUUGCUCUGCGGUUUGGGCAUGAUGGCAUUUUCGGUCUUCACGCUUCUGGCGUCUGCAGUGGUCUGCCUCAGACACAGAAAUAUGAUGAGGAGGAGACAGACUGAGAAGGAACAGGAUUAUAUCACUGAAAUGGAUCCUUUAAAGGACAGAAAAUGA